AAUUUUAGACUAAGCGCUACAUAAUGCGCUCUAAAGGUGGGUGUGUUUGAGUCCACUUCCAUCCUCAUUACUUUGUUAACCAUCAAACACUAUGGACAAAACUCAAGUCAGUUCUAUUCCUGAAAAUGAAGGGUCAAAUCCCGACGUUCCUCCACCUGGACAAUGUUUUCCAUCGUCAUUUUUAACUGUAGGCACUGCCGUAAGUGCCAAGUAUCGUGGUGCAUUUUGUGAGGCAACAGUAGAUCAUGUAGAUCUAAAAUUUCGUCUCCGUGUUCAGCUAAAGUCCAACAAGUCUUGUAUCUCCGUUGAUGAAACCUGUUUGAUAUCUGGAUCUCCUGUCAUUGGGAAUGAAGUAGUAGUUCGAAUCGUUAAUGACACAGCGUUACCUAAUGAGCAGGCUGGCAUAGUACUACGUGUCACAGAUUCCAGUAUUUACACUGUUGUUUUUGAUGAUGGUGAUAAACGAACAUUGAGACGUACUCAACUCGUUAUAAAAGGUGAACGUCACUUUAAGGAGAGUGAGAGUUUGGAUUGUUUACCUUUAACUAAUCCAGAACAAUUUCGACAACCAGUUAUAGAUCAGAGAAGGAAAUAUCGAUCUGGUGAAGAUGGUUGUAGCAUCUUAGAUGAGAAUAUGGAUGAAAUUGAAACUGAAGAUGUUGACGAGAAAAAUGUGACUAAAGACUUGAAUCAAACCACUUCGUGUCAAUCUAAUGGAAAUUCAGACAAAUUUACAGAUCGCAAUGAUAUAGACGAUUUUGAUCCAAAUUGCUCAAAUAUAACUGAACAUAAUGAUGAAGGAAGAACUCGAUCAUCAGAAGCUAAUGUGAAUGUGUCAAACACGGCAACAACUGAUUUGAAACAUUUACCUGCUGGUUAUUGUCGUUUACUCGGUCGUUUAGUCAUGGUCGAUAUGCCGCUAACAGGGAAAGAUGGUUUAGGCUCUCCAUCGUAUGGAUCGUCUACUCCAGCUAGCAAGAGUUUUGGGCCUACAUCCAGACGUCGAUUCACUCCAGCUGUGGUUGUUCUACCAUCUGCUAUGCCAAGUAUUGACCUAGGAAGUCUUCCAAAUACUGUUAAAUUACAGAAGUCUUACAAACUUUUGGUUCGGUCAUUUAAAGAUAACAGGUUUCUAGCAGUUCCUGUUGCAUUUGCUAAACGAUUAAAACGACCUGAUGCGGUUGAACUUGCCCACACUUAUCCAACACUUCGUCCAGCUUUUGAGCGUGCACUGCUUUGGUUGGAUCGGUAUGAAUUUCCGGUUUCUUGGGGUGAAAAUGCUGUGCAAACAAUGUUAGGCACAAAAAACUGGCGAUCUUUAAGACGUCGUUGUAGGCAAGCAACUUCAGAUUUCACAGAUUCAAUAAAUUCUAGCCCUUUAAGUUCAAAGCAUACACGUGCUUCAUCAUCAUCAUCUUCUGAAGCCUCACAAUCUCCAAAUACUUCCCGGAGUUCAGUUCAAAAAUCACGGGGUAGACCAACUAAGCAACCUGGAAAUUCUAUUCGUAAACGACCAAGACAGUCAGAUAAUACCCAAGGUUCUCGGUCAAGUUCACGCCUGAAAAUGAAAAGAUUUAAGACACAUAAUUUGCAUUCGAGUAAAACUUGUAGACGACAAAGUGAUGUUUCUUCAAACGAGUCAAGUCAUUUGGAAACCUCUAAACAACCUACCACCAAGUGUAAAGUUAUCAAGAAAAGCACUGAUAGUCGUCGUAAGUCAGCUACAGGUUCAAAAUAUGGACGAAAUUCUAUUUCCGGUGGUGAUUCAUCCGAUUCAGUAAGUUCGAGUGAAGCCUCGGGGAAUUCUUCCGAAUCGGAUAGUGACACUGGGUCAGUGAGUUCGUCAACUAACAGUAAUAUAACUGUAUCUACUGUUAGUACGCCUAGCAGCACUAGUAGUCUGAGUAGUAGUAGUAGUAGUAAUAGUAGCAAUAGCAGUAGUAAUAGUAGUGAAAAUAGUAGUAUCAGUGGAUCUUACAAUUCAUCAGAUAAUUCAUCAACAUCGUCUGUAGCUGAAUUCGAAGCACGUGAUAGAUGGAUUGCUCAACUCUAUCGAUUUAUGGAUGAACGUGGUACUCCAAUCAAUAAAGCGCCUAGUUUAGCCAAUAAGGAUUUAGAUUUGUAUAAACUAUACAAGCUGGUUCAUAAACUUGGUGGCUUUCAUCGUGUUUCUUCACAACUGAAGUGGGGUUAUGUUUACUCAAAAAUGGAUUUGCCUCAAAACUUCAGUGCUGGUCCACGAAAUCUACAAGCUGCCUUUAAGAAAUAUUUAUAUCCAUGGGAUGAUAUCAGUAAAAAGUUGGGUACAAAUCUUUGUGAACUUCCAUUGUCCAGACCAAGAUAUCCUUCUUCAGUACAGAAUUCGAAUACCAAUAUUUCGGUUACCAGUUCAUCUGGAACUAUUACGAACAACAGCAUCACUUCCAUCAGCACCUCUUCACAGAAUAAAAAAUCCGCUGAUUUUGACAAUUUUGACAUAGAAUUAAAGGAUUCUAACAUGAAUGUUAUUGAAACAGGUGAAAGUUCAAGUGUUGAAACCAACAAAAAUAUCCGGGCUACCAGUAGUAGUAGUAGUAGUGGUACCAUCAAUACUACAACUACCACCACUGCUACGACUACCGCCAACACCACCACCGAAAACACAACAACAACAACCAUUAAAAAAAGAACUUCUGUUAAUGACAAACACUUAAUAGUUGAUCGUUUUAAACAAUCUGAUGAUGAAUAUACUUCUACUGCCACUGCUGCUGUUGCUGGUGCACAUCCUACUACACCAAUACGAAAAUCACAUUCAUCACCAUCCUCAUCAUCUUCAUUAACUGGAAUAGAUAAAUCGUCUAAUUUAUUAGUAUCUACAGCAGAUGAAUUUGAAAAACCUAUUUCUUCAGCUUCAUCGAAUAGUUCAUCUAAAUCAGCAUCUUCAAAAGGACGUAAAAGAUUCUAUGACAAUAGUACAAUGAUAAAUCUUCCAUUGUUAAAUUUUAAUCGGGAAUCAGCUAAUCGAGUGGAAAAUUUAUCUAAUUGUAUUAUUCCUGUUCGAUCACGUGUUCGAGUUCGAUGCGGUGAUCAUGUUGCUUAUGAAGCUAAAAUUUUAAAACAUUUACGUCCUCAACCAGCUCUUUGUAAUUUAAAAGCUAAUAAUUCUGGUGAUUCUUUACCAACUGCUUCAUGGGCCGGUGCGAAUGAGAUACAAUAUCGUGUUCAUUAUAUGGGUUGGAAUACACGGCAUGAUGAAGUUGUUCCUAGAUCUCGUAUAAUUUCUGUGAUAGAAUGGGGUCGGGGUACAGAUGAAGAUCGUCCACCAUCUUGUUCUUCUUUAAGUCCAAUAGUUCAUGAACCUCGAAAAUCUACUUCGUUAAAAAAUCAGAAUAUUGUAUCACAUUCAAAAAAUGAAUAUGAUCGAUCAUUGAGUUCUAGUGAAAUAAAUGUUAAUGAAAAAGAUAAACAUUUAUUGGAAUAUUUUGCUACCGGAGAUGCAAAUGAAGAUACAGAAAGUAAUCAUAGUCAAACAACUGAAACAGCAUCUGACAAUAUUACCACAACAGCACCAAUUAUUCGACGUCGUCGUUUAAUGUUCUCUUCCCUAAGACCUGGUAGACGACUUUCAUCUCGUAAAUUAUCUUCUAUUUCAAAACGAAAUGAAUCUUGUUCUAAAAAAUUAUCAAAACUACCUUUAUUGACUAGUGAAUGUGUAGCCAAAACUCAUUCUCCUUUAAGUAAAGAUAAUUACCAUAGUAAUGGUAAUACUGCGAAGAAACUAGAAAGCAUUAAUUCUGAUUCAAAGAAAUUAAAAAUAGCUUCCCGCGGUUGUAAAUCUAACCAACGAUCUAUUAACGUACGUGGACGUAUUAGUAAGAAAAUCAAGCCUAUUAAACGGCCUCGUUCAAAUCUAUCAAUUGCUUCAGAUGUUUUUAAUACUAGUUCACCAAAUCGUUCUUCUGUCAAAUUAUUUGGUAAAUCAAAGAAAUUAAAAGUGGAAAAUCCUUCCAAUGAAUCAAUUAAUUGUGAAAUAUCUCACAAUACUACUAAUUUAUCAGCUGCAUCAGUAGUAGAAGAUACAAAGCGUUGUGUAACUGAUGGGUCAUUAUCUGUAAAUUACAAGAAAGAAUCAUUUGAUGGUAAUAAUAAUAGCAUCAAUCAGUCAAGUCGUAAGUUGCUUACUAAAGUGACUUCUCGGUGUGCAUCAUCUAGUGGUGGUCUAGCAUCAAAAUCAAAGUUGUCAACUUUGAAAUCUAAACUCGCCUCUGCAUCAUCUGCAAUUAGAGCGAAAAAUCUUGUUUGUAAAUUGUCAAAAUUAGCAAAACGUAAAAUAGUUGUCAAUGAAUCAAGAAUUUUAUCAAAACGAAAAUCAUCUAAACGUAUUGUUAAUACUGGUAAAGAUCAACUUUCAAUGAAGGAUGAUUUGUUGAAAAAUCAAUUAUCGUCAGAAUCUUCAUCAACGGUGAUGAUGAUCAAUAAAGAAUGCAAAAAUCAUCAGUUAAAUCUAUUGACUGAUCACAGUAAACAACAAAUGAUUAUGAAUGAAUAUCAAACGAAUGAAUGUUCAUUAUCAAAUAAUUCGGUAAUUAAUAAAGAAGAUGAAGAAAGUAAAUCUGUAUCGAUUCGUGAAAAACCUCAGAAAAGUGUAACAAAACCAAAUCGACUUAAAGAAAAAGGAGAUGAUAUCUCUUCACAUCGUUUACAAAAGAAACUCAACAAUCUUUCAAACAUCAUAGAGAAAGGAAAGACAAACAAAUCUACUGGUAUAGAAGAAAAACCUGUUGAUUCUUCGAUUGGUAGUGUUUGUAGUAGCAGUAGUAGUAGCACAAAAUCUUCAAAUAAUUUACAAACUAAAAAGUCAACAAAAUCAACUAUGGACAGUCAACAAGCUGCUAAGACACCUAAAUUUACUAAUCAUUCUCAAUUACAUUGUGAAGAUAUAUCCGAUGCAGAGUCUCCUUCUCAUUCAAAUGAAAGAAAGUUUAUUCCUAAACUUUCACGUUCUCGAUUAAGGCAUUCUACUCGAAAUUCAAGUAAUUCAUCUUUAAACACAAACCGAAAACGGAUACGCCUUAUUAAAUCGUCAACUGCCACAAUAUCGAAUAGUAGUUCGAAUGCUUCAGAUGCUGAUGAUAUUGUCGGUGAUAAUAAUAAUAAUAAUAAUAAUAAUAAUAAUAAUAAUAAUAAUGGCGAUGACGAUAAUAACAAUGAACAAAAACUUCAUUGUUCUUUUGAUAGUUCUCCUAAUCAAAGUAUCAUUGGUGGUGGUGGUGGUAGCAGUAGUAAUCAUAAUACUACUAAUAAUAAUAUCAGUAGUAGUAGUUCAGAAAGUAUUUAUGCUCCUAAUGAUGCACUGCCACGACUUACACGUAGUCAACAUAAACAAUUAUUAGGUGAUACACCACCUGGUUCAGCUUUGCAAACUGCAGCACCGGCAAUUUCUAAUCGUACUGCUUCAUCGGUGGUUGCUGCAAAACUUUUAUCCAAUUCUAAACGAUCUCGUACAACAGCAAAAGAUAUGCAUAAACUUGUUCAAUUAAAAAAUGAGCAACAAUUGCCAGAGAACAUUGAAAAUACGCGUAAAAUUUCAUCUCCUAUUCAUACAGAUACAAUCAAGUCAUCAUUGUCACCAUCAUCAUCGUCUGAAGUGAAUUAUAUACGUGAUAACAUACCGGAUAUUCAAUCAGAAGUUUCAAAGGACGAAAUAUGCAGCAUUCAUAAAACGAAAGAUAAUGAUGCAUCAAUUGAAAAUGAAAUUUCACCGGACAUUGAAUUGAAUAAUAUGAAUUUGUCUAUCAAACAGGAAACCACUGAAAAUGCCCUAAUUCAAAAUGUUCCACAUUUAUCUCCUGAACUUAUUGAUGAUGAUGAUGAUGAUGAUGAUGUUGUUGUCGAUAAUGAUAAUAAACAAGUUAAUAAAUCAGAAAUGAAUGAAUUACAAGCAGAAGACACAUCUCCACCAUCUAUAAAUAGACAUGAAAAGAUGAAAAAGGAAGACGAAGAAGAAACUGUUCAAAAAGUCAAAGAAGAUCAUAGAAUGCCACAUGAUAAUAACAAUGAUGAUGACGAUGAUGACAAUGAUGAUGAUCAAAGUUCCGUUCAAACUAUGAGUACAGAUCCUAUGGAUGGAUUAUCAUAUGAUUUAACUAUGUCUUCAGAAAAAACUCAUUUACAUUUAUCUUCAAAUAAAGAAGAUGAAGAUGUGGAAUGUUGCUUAGACAAUGAACAUCAUCGUCAUCAAAGUCAACAUCACACUGAUGAUAUAUCUGGAACUAUAGGUUCUUUGUCAGAUGAUGAAUAUCAUCAACCAGUUGAUGAAAUUGUCGAAGACAAUGAAGAAUUAGAUGUGACCGUUGCGAAUAAGCCUUUUAUAGAACUUCCUACAAUAGAUGAAGAAGAUCCACAACAGCAACAGCAACAACAACAAGAUGAAGAUAAAGUUGGUGAAUUAGAUCAGGGGAACAGUUCCAAACCAUCAUCUCGUGGUCGAAUAAGACGAUCAAGCAAUAACAGUAAUUCAACUGAUGCUUCAAAUAAACGUGUCAAUAAACGUAUGCAUUUAACUCCACAUCGUGUUACAGGCUCUGAAAAUUCUCCAAGUCCUGCUUUUGAAUCCCCUCAUUAUCAUCCUCCAACAUCUCCACAUUCAGCACUCGGAGUAUCACCGUUGCCUAGUUGUUCGAAGUCACUUCAAAAUCAUCCACUUGAUCGUUCUACAUCUAAUCAUAGGCGAUUUGGAGGACCAUUCUUUCCAAUCGCGGGUUUUGAUGAUCUGUCUUCUGACGUUAAAUGUCAAGUUUUACAAGAACGUAUGCAUAGAAUAUUGGAAGCAUGGCGUUUAGCUAAACAAUAUCUUAAAGAUUUAGAUCAACGAAGUAAUCGUACACGUCGUUUAAAAGCUCGACAAAAUUUAGAAACAUUGACUACGUCGAAUACCACCACUGCAGCAUCACAAAAUUGUCGACAACUUAUCGAGGAACCAUCAUCACAUGGUAAUAACGAUGUAGCAUACACAUAAUCAACGUUAUUCUUAUCAUUAUUACUAUUAUUCUGAUAUGACAAGAGUUCUAUACGCAUGUAUAAAUUUUCUUUAAGAUACACACUAUUAAUAUAUUUUAUAUUUUUGCUUCACAGAAAACAAACACAAACUAUAUGUAUGUGUUUAUUUUAUUUUGAUUUGAAAAUUAUUUCCUAUCCGACUGUUUAUCUAUUAUUAUUAUUAUUAUUAUUAUUAUUAUUAUUGCUGGUGUUGUUUUCUUUCUAUUAUGUCAUUGUAUUAUUUAUUUGUGGUUGACUCUUGUUGUUGUUCACAAAAAUUACGUAGUUUAAAAUCACUUGACAUUUUACUCACAUUAUUGUAUUAUUGUAUAUAGUUAUAAUAAUGUAUGUAGUUGAUAUAUGUGGCUUAAAUUUUUAUCAAUAAUAUAUUUGUAUAUUUA